AUCGAUCUUCCAAAUUUUAGGAGUGUCAUAAAUGGCCAUGGUUCGCCCCUGCCGGUGGUAGUGGAAGUUCCUCUAGCUGCUACACCAUCCAAGUUUGGGGAGUAGGACUUCUCAAUUAUAAGUUCUCUGCGUGUCAAGUAGGGGUGUCAAUCGGUUGGUUUCGGUUUAACGGUUUCGGUUUAACGGAAAACUGAUUUUCUGGUUAUCAGUUAAAUCGAGUCGUCCCCUAUGCCUGUCGAGCACCGACCGUGAGGGAAGCCACUUUUAGCCGAGCACCGACCAACCGGUUUUUGGUUUUGGUUCGGUUAUCCACAAUUAACCGAGUUUAUUGAGAGGGAAAAAAAACCAACUCCACCCACUUUCUCUUUUCUGCUCUCUUGUAACCAACUACCAAGCAAUAAAAAAUUAAAAAGAAAGAAAGAGAAGAACCAAGUCACACCACAUGUUCUUUAUCUUCUUCUUCUCUCCUCCUUUUUUCCCCAAGAAUAAUAAAAACAAAAUCAGACUUCUCCUCUCCCCUCUCUUCCACUGCUACCCUCCAAACCCCUUCUUCUUCCUCUCUCCUCUCUCUACCUCUAUGAAGGACGAGGAGCAGCAGCGGCGGCAAUUGGCGGGAAGAGCACGGUCGGAGAUGGACGAAUCGAUGCCUGAGGCGGAGGCGACGAUGGUGGUGAAGUGGAAGAGCGGAGGCGACGAAGGCGUAGAUGACGGAAGCCGAGGUGGGACGAGCGUGGCGACGGAAGAGGACGAGCAACGGCCGACGAUGUGGUCUCGGAAGAGGAGGGCAUUCUGGAGAAGGGAGGCGCGGCGCGUGGUGAAUGGAAGGGAAGGGAAGGUUUUUUAUUUUUGGAAUUACGGUUUUUCUAUAAGAUUGGGAAAAAGGAGGAGUCAGAAUGGAAGGGUGUGAAGACUGCAGUGUUUCUGGGUUUUUGGAGGGAGGCGGCGGAGGUCUAAUGUUGGGAUGGAGGUCGGUUAGCUCCGGUUAGUCGGGUAAUCGCGGUUAACUGCCUCUAGUUACUCAGAUAACCGCAGUCAAUCCCUCCCCCUCUGAACACCGACCGACCCUUAUUUCCCGUCUGUUUUCGGUUAGCCGCUAACCAGUAAUUUCGGUUGAAUCGGCCGGUUAGCCGCUAACCGACAACCGAACUGCCACCCCUAGUGUCAAGGGCAAUGCAUAUCUAUGGGGAUCGUAUUAGGUGCUAACUCCUAAUGGGGUUAGCACCAUACUAACUAAAUGAUAAUUUAGUAAAUAUACCAUCAAACCCUAAUAUAAAUACAAUUUUUUCUACCCUCCUUCCCCAUCCGCCCACCCCUCUCACUCUCUCUCUCCCUCUAAAAAAUCCAGAACCCCUUCUCUCUCUAGAAACUCUGAUCUCCGUCGAUUCUCCUUCCGGUCGACUACGCCUUCAUCGAUCUUAGUCGCGCCGGCCUCAGCCUCCCCGGCAACGGACUCACCAUCGCCCGCAACCUCUUCGCCCGGAGCCACCUCGACAUCGCCAACCGCCUCGCCAUCAACCGCAACUGCCUCGCUAUCACCUGUAAGCGUUCACCGCCAUCGCCAUCACCUGCAGCGAUUCGAUAAAACCAGAUCUGGGAAGAGGUUGUCGUUCGAUGGAGAGAAACGAGCAUGCGCCGCCCUUGCCUGCGUUGGCUUUCCACCACUACUGUCGUCAAUCGCUCACGGAUAGCAUGCCGGGAAAAAAUGAGAAAUUUUUGUUAGAUCUAUAUUAUUAUUUGAUCAAUAGUGAUUUUGGGUUUGUAGUGAUUGUGGAGUAGUGAUUUUCAUAUGUAUUAGCAGUUGAGCAUCAUAUUUGUACGACAGUAGUGUUUUUUCUUUGAUGUGUAGUUAUUCCAGUAGUGGUUUACUGGAAUAACUAAUCGUAUUAGUAGUGAUUAUGUUAUCAUUACUUUCUAAAGUUCACCCAUCAUGAGUAACUUAAAAUUUCUAAAUCACUACUAAUUACAAUUAAAUCACUACAAGAACAAAUAAAAUUGCUAAUAGAACCACCAAAAUCACUACCAAUGAAUGUAGCAGUAGUUUACGGUACUAUUUUUCAGGCCUACUACUAAAAGGAAGGUAAAAUAUUUUAAAAUUUAAUUUAUUAAUUAAAUUAAUUUUUUGAUAUACCGAAUAUGCCCCUCCUUGUUCUCCAGCAUCAUAUUUUAAUUAAAAAUAAUAAACAGUGAUUAUUGUAGUUAGUACGGUGCUAACUUCAACGAAGUUAGCAUUGAAGUUAGCACUCUAACCAGUCCCAUAUCUAUGGAUCCACAGAACGGAUAAGUGAAAGUCAAAUCUCAUCUCCAUUCUCGAUCGGCAUCUAGCACAAGGUCAAACCUCAAAAGGUAGGCGAGCCGGCCUCAAGCCACGUGCCUCACAUGCUUUCCCUCCAAACUUCCAGCCAUUGGAGCAAAUAAACAAACUGUAGUAGCCGCACUAGCCUUAGAUUUGAAAUAAGCAGCUUCCUUCCUUCCUCUUAAUUUCCCUGGAUCUCUAAGUUAGCAUUAAAUGUUGUGUAAUAGU